AUGGCGUCUAGACGUCUAUUUCGGGCUACCCAGGCCUGGGCGGGUUGGCGAGCCCGGGAGCUCCUGGACCCCGCAGCACUCAGAAAGAUCCUGGUCCGUGAUUAUGCCAAGAAACCAGUCAUGAUGAAGGGAGGCAAAAGCAGCAAAGGCAGUGUGGUCAGUGAGGCUCUCAAGGACCCGGAUGUAUGCACAGACCCUGUUCGCCUCACCACACAUGCAAUGGGUGUUAACAUCUACAAGGAGGGCCAGGAUGUGGUCCUGAAGGCAGAUGCUGAGUACCCCGAAUGGCUGUUCCAGAUGAACGUGGGCCCCCCCAAGAAACUGGAGGAGCUGGACCCUGAGACUCGGGAAUACUGGCGGCUGCUGCGGAAACACAACAUCUGGCGCCACAACCGGCUGAGCAAGAACAGGAAGUUCUAG